UCCUCUACCUGAGGAGUGUUCCUACACCUCUCUGUCCCUCACGUGUUCCUGAGUCUUCAUACCUAGUCUUUCUCUCUUUCUCUCUCUCUCUCUCUCUCUCUCUCUCUCUCAUUUUCUUCUUUUUACUGUAUUUUAGUUACCUCUUCUUUCUGCCUUUCUACUCUCCUGUUUGGAUGCUGACGGAGCCUGAGGUGGUCCUCUCUCUGGUCGCUCUUACUUUCGCUCUUUACACUACGAGUGGAUAUAUUGGCAUCGCUGGGCCUUUCCUGUGGUCAGCAGAGGCGGGAUGACGACAGCAACGAUGGUGCUGACGGUGGGGCUGCUGACGCUGACGGUGCUGGUGCUGACCUUCAACAACAGAGCGUUAAGGAAGAACAUUGAUAGGGAGAAAGAAGACAGAAUCGCCAAUAUUAAACAAAGAGACCUGAAGCUGGAGGACUGUAAGACAAAAGUGAUCCAGUCGGAGAAGGCUCAAACUAACUUCGAAAACCUUGUGAGAAAGACCGAGGAGGAGAAGGUGAAACUACAAGCAGAACUAGACAAGCAGAAGGGAGAAUCAGCCAAACAACAGAAGUCAGCAGCAGAACUGGAGGUAGGUGCCUGUCUUCUCUUUCUUUCUUCCUGAGAACACACAAGAG